CAAAAGACAGCACAUAUAUAAGACUUAUGGCGCUGUCAGCGGACUGCAAGAUUCUGGUGCUCUCCCCGCGUGCAGAGCAAGCUCAAGAACUCGUCCAACGUGUGCAGGCACUCAAUUCUCCGACUAGCCUCAAUCAGCGACCUGAAGGUACGGACAACAUCACCCCAUGGACGAUUGUGAACAAGUACUACACCGCCGACGUCCACUUUGAGACUCGAGCAUUGCAUGAGUUCAGAGCGAUCCAUGCUACAGGAGUACCAGCGGUGAUCUACGUUUGGAAGCAUGGAGAGCCCUACAGAGAGCACAUUAUGGACAUCGCCAGCAGCCUCAGAGACCAAGACCCGGAGGUAUCUCUCGCAGUCAGGUUCGGAGAUGCAUCCACCGUGUCUGCUGAGGAGGAAGAGGGAAUGGAUGAGUUUUUGUCAUCCCAUGGAUUCGAGUACGUAGAAGGUGGGCGGGACUAUCGUGAAACGACGGAAGAUGAGGGGUGGCGUUCUAAAGACGAGGAUGCAGGUAUUCCUGGCUUGCCCAGGGUAGUCGAUGCACUAAGCACAAUUAUGUGGCCCUCCCUCGUCCAGUCCGAGUCCACUCGCAACCGUAAGUCCCGAGCCAGGGAACUCCUCGAUUGGGCACGAGAAGAAGAGAAGGACGAUGGCCUGCGUGCGCUCAUCUCUUCCGAACAUGACCACGACCACGACCACGACCAUCCUGCACCCGCCGGUGGCUCAAGCGUGGCGCGGAAGAGCCGCAUGCAGCGGGAGAUGGAGGAGCUCGAGCGCUGGCUCGAGGAGGAGGACGGGCGGCAAGAGCAUGAGGAGGCACGCGCGUGGACAACCGUAGACGUGAAUGACAUGGACUGGCAGGACAUGAUGCCCACGCCAACGAUCAAGACGCCGGUGGGCGAGCCCCAGGAGCGUGUCUUGGGCUUCGACGACAACUUCUCCGAAUUCGUGUCUGCGUCCUCGCCGCGCGCGGUAGGCGGCUUAGGCGCUGAUCACCUUGUGCCGAUGCAUACGGGUGCAUCGUACCGCUCAUUGGCUUCCGUGUCUGACUAUGCUGGCGAGGGCGAGCUGUUCAUAAGCAUGCCAGAAGAUGAGGAUGUCCUCAACGAGGAGAACGAUCCCGAUCUUCCUUCGCGCGCGGAGAUCCUGGAGACCUCUCGCCGUAUCUUUAGCUCCGCUCCACCCAUUUCUGUUGCGGAGGGGCAAUCUAGCUCUUCUCACACCGAGCAACCGGAAGAGCACGUAUUCGAGCACCUCGACGAUGACGAUGACUUCGAGAUGUCAGCGUUCGACCUCUCGCGUGUGUUCAGUGCGCUGCAGGGGAUGAAGGAGGAGAUUAGUGGCAUGGAGGAUGAGGGCGAGCGCAGGAAGGCGGCGGCACGCGUUGCGUUGGGCCUUGUUUAUGGAUUGCAGGCGGACAGGAACGAGCACUAGAGCAACCUACGUCGAUUAUCGUUUUCUCUGUAGUCGAUUAGUUUGGAUCGAAUUUUACAGCUGGUACUGGAUGCCGUUGUACUGGAC